CAAGUCACCGGACGAUGACAGCAGUAAUGAUACGCGGAGGUGCGGUGGAAGAUAAAUCCGCAUUGGUACCACCGCAGUCGCGAGACGUGCACCUAUGCGAUCUCAACUUCGUUCGUGAGGCGUCAGUGAUGGCGAGAAGCAGUGGUGUGGGGCUCGGAAUAUAUUUCCACGGUCUGGGUGAGGUUUUUGCCAAAGAUCCAGAUGAUCUCACUCGCUUAUGCCAAGUCAAGACGACAGCAGGCUCUGAUACACACUACUGUCUUGUCCUAUUAGUCCGAGCUGCAGUCACCAUUGCUGGAGCUGCUUGCAUUUCUGUUUUCCGCUACUUGCCGGCCUACGCAGUAAUAGGUGUCGUCUCCGGUAGAGUCCCGGGCACCACGGUCCGUGCCUACGGUCGAUCCCUACUGUAUGACCACGACGUGGAUCGCAAGAUGUCAGGAGCUUCUCGUCUGAAAGUCCUACGAAGGUUACUAUCGUCCGUCGCACAGCUUGCCAUGCCGCACCAGCACUUGCGCCACUUUGAAUUCCACCGAGCGAGCAGCACCCCGCAAUAAUGGAAUUUAAGAACUUCGUCUCCAGUACCAAGAAGGCUCCGUUUACGAGUCCGUACCCCCCGAUCGUGCUAAGUGACAACGAGAAAAAGCAGCUCCGGCAGCUCGCCAAGAACCUCGUUGAAGUCAACGUGGACGGGUACGAGGAGUUCCUUUACGACAACAAUGGGAAACUUCCUGAGUCCGAGUGGAAAUUUUUCCGUCGUGACGAACAGGUUGAAACAUACCUGCGUCGUCGAGAGGAGUACAAUCUUCGAGGCUUCGGAGCAACCAAGAAGUUCCGUCGUACCUCAGAUACAAGCAGCACCACAAGCUCCAGUAGCACUCGCAGUGAGGAACUAUUGUCUCUAGAUGUAGCCGACAUUCGCUCCAUCGGUUCGAGAGAUGGCACUAUCGAAGACGCCAUCUACGGCGCUAUGGGCCCCACAACGGAGACCAUGCGAUACAAGUCUGUGUAUGUGCAUGACGGUAUCGAGGACUGCAACGUAUUAGUGAUCAUCGACAACGUCACACGAGAAGAGCCGUUCACCUCGCUCUCGAUCCGCUGGAGGGUGACUGAGAACCCGCCAGUCCUCCGAAAUAUUCUAAAAAGCUAUGAUCACAUCUACCUGGAGGCAACAGGCUUCACGUAUCUGAGCAAUGGUGAGCGUGUUGCUUUCCAUCUUCUCCACUCCGUCGACUUCCCGUCCGUCACCCCUCCACUUCCAGACUAUUCACGCGGUCAAGUAGCUGCCAUUGGAUUCUGGAGACAAAUGGCUCCGAAUAUCGUGGAGAUCCAUGGCCGCGGAGUGUUUGCACUCCCGUUCGAACGAGCCCGCGCAAUCUUCGUGCCUGUAGUGACGACAUCGAUGUCCAAGUCGGUAAUGCAUAUCUUCUACGCGUCACACAUGAAGAAGCUCCGUUGGGCGUUAACGGAGCGAAAGACUCAAGCUCUGCCGUAUUCUCGGUCAUGUGUAGGUGGUGUGUGCAGCGUGUGCAGCAAGAAGCGAAUAAUUCACAAAAGCGACAGCUGUGAGUUAUGCGGAGAGCUCGUGUGCUCAGUGUGCCGUGUCACUCAUAAGAUGGCCUCCGUGGAGCUCGACAACAAGAUACACUGGACCAAGGUGAAAGUAUGUCCUUACUGCAUGGCCCGCGUCGUCAAGUCGGACACAACGGCGGUGGUUCGUGCUGAGAUUGCAGCGGGUUGGUACGACCGGUUCCCAUAGUCGCUGGAUAAGUCUACAUGUAGCUCAUCUGUGCUUUUUUUUUCUCUUAACGAUAAUAGACAAACAUUCCAUUGAAAUCCC